UUGUUGAGUUAAGUUUGUGAAGUCAGCUCGAAGACUCAUCAUGAAACUGUUCAUCGCUCUGUCCGUGCUGGUUGCCGCUGCCUCGGCCCUACCUCAGUUCGGAGGUGGCCUAUCGAAUGCCAACGCCAACGCUAAUGCCAAUGCGCAAUCAUUCGGUGGUGGACGCCCUGGAUUCACAAAUCGUCCCGGUAUCGGGUUCGGAGGUCCCGGUGGUUUCGGCGGUAAUCGCGGUGGCGGAUUCGGCGGUCCCGGAUUUGGUGGCGGCGGAUUCGGUGGUGGUCCCGGAUUUGGUGGCGGCGGAUUCGGUGAUCGUCCCGGAUUUGGUGGCGGCGGAUUCGGUAGUCGUCCCGGAUUUGGUGGCGGCGGAUUCGGUGGUGGUGGUGGAUUUGGCGGUGGCGGCAGCUCAGCCAGUUCCAGCGCUUCUGCCAGUAGUAACGCAGGUGGCCGUGGUGGCUCUAACGCCAACGCCAACGCUAAUGCCAACACGCACAGUGGAUUCGGCCGAUAAGCCCUAUAUAAUUAGAUAAAUAAAUUGUAAUUAAAAUAAAUGAUUGAGUUAACGAAUGUGAAUAAAAAAACCAAGGACUAAGAACCGAUCGGCUGUCGCUAUUCAC